AUGCAUUCCAAUAACAACCUCCUCUUGCUCGCCUUCUUCGGCGCCGCGACCGCCCUCCGUCGAACCUGCGCGGUCGAUAAUGUUCAGAAUGACGGCACCGGCACCUAUAUUAUUACAGACUUCGACACUUUGCCUGUAAUCGCGGCCGACUUCUGCACCGAAGUACCAGAGCUGGAAAAGCUAAACUCUGCCCCUCAAAUCGAAGCAGGAGAUUCUUUCACAGUUCCUUGCAGGGUUCGAAAGCGCGAUUGCUUAAGGAUCCCGAAUAGCAAAGUUGGGUACUACACGGUCGUCGAAGGCGACACGCUGGCUUACAUUGCGUCGGAUUUCUGCGUCGCAGCUAGUAGAUUGCCGACCAUGAACCCCGGCGUUAUCACGGACAACUCGGUCAGCCCGGGCAUGAUUAUCGAGGUUCCUUGCUCUUGGAACUAG